GUCUCACUUGUUCGUCGGUCCCCAAGAAAUACUCGCGCGGAUAUCUGGCGGUGUACUGGCACUCUCCUGCGUAUACGGUUAACCGGCUCCGCGCCAGCGUCAGUCCCGGGAACAUCGGGCCCAACAAUUUAAUUUCCCAACAGCCCAUUUAAACCGAUUGUUUAUUUAUAUUUUCGGUACCUUAAUUCAGCGAUUUUUUCUCGCGUUUGUUGGAGGCGCGGUUUUUGUCGGUUUUGUGUGGAGCCGCUGGCUGCGGUUUGUAAUAAUUAAUUGACAUGUUGGUGUGAGUUUCAGGUGAAGUGAUUUGUGUCUUUUGAAGGAAUUCGAUUCUUCUCGUGACUCGCAGAUAAGGGAUAAGGGAUUGACGGAGUUGUUCUUUCAAAACGUUCUCUUGUGAAGUGCGUGGGGGCUUUGUUGGGGGAAAUAAUGGUGUAUUGAAAGCACGUGGGGGACAUCGAUGGAAUCUGGUGAUUUUUCUUCACAUGAAAUAGGUGGUCGUUAACCCCGGAGUUCAAGGAGCUCUGAAUGAGACGGGAAUAAUAGAUUUUUUUUCCAGAUGAUGAGACAAUCUACAAGACGUUAUCGUCACCGAAGCCGCUGCCGAAUAAUCGUUUGAAUCCCUCGUCCCAUCCUGAUCACCAGAACCAUCAGAAUAGAAGUGACAUUUACCCAGGGGUUCAAACUAUACCUGGACCACAGUACAGGAUGCCACCCCUGUACGGUGAAGAGCAAACCAACCAAAAUCAGCAGCCAACGAGUCUCCAAACGCACAGCAAUAAAUUUCCGAUCGAGCGCGAAGUGGUGAUCUCUUCGGCCGAUAAGAACACGAAAAUUCCAAUUUUACACGAGUACAAACGAACGACAGGGAGAGUUGCUAUUGCUCCUGAUGCACCCGUGAAACAACAGGCGUGGGUGCAGGAGGGCAAUCAGGGACAGGACAGGCAAGAAGGUCAUGCUCGAACUUUCCCGACUGCAGAGACCCACUCGUCAUCAUCGACAGGCGCAGUACCCCGUACCCCGAAAUCCGAGGACGAUCGUAGUAAAUCCUUCAGCAAGACCUAUCACACCCUCAAGGACAUGAUCUCCAGUCGCUUCGGUCCAUCACGAAAGGACACCGAGCCCGAUCCAGAGGUGAGCCUCAACAACGUCACCGAGGAGUUGCGAAAAUCCUCGCACAACGUUGAUGAGGAUGACUCGAAGAAGAAGGAAACGACUUACAGCAAACCAAGGGCUCAGGAUCCACCGCCGAUAAACAUGCAGCAUUACCCUAAGAACAGUUAUCAACAGUAUGGUCAUAGUUAUUACCAAAGUCCCCAGCAAAAUGUUGCAGGUCAACUGCAAACAGCCCCGACGAUUCAGCCCAGUCUCCCAGGUCAGUCUGCCCAACUCCACGUGACCCACCUGACCCCCCCUGCCGGUGUCCAAACAGUUCACCAAACCCAGGUGUCUUCCUACAGUCAACCAGUGCCACCACGAGGUGACUACGUGGUUCAGGGGCCAGGUGGCCACCUGCAUCAGCACCAGAACGUCCCACUAGGUAAACACGGGCUUCCUAUGCAGCCAGUCGCUGGCAAUCCGACCUACCAAAGUCCCCAACAGCUCCUCCACCAGUCCCAGCUGCACCAGACCUCCAGAUUCAAUCAGCAGCACGUCCAGAAUAUGCACCAACGUCAGCUGAUACAGCAGAUGCAGCAGCAGCAGCAUCAACUGGUCGUUGGCCAGCAGAGUCCCAGAACCAACAUGAGGACCCAGCCGCAGUUUCCAGCUGGUGUCUCCUAUCAGCAGUAUCAACAAGCCCGACAGACCAUAUCCCGGUCCCAAAUCGAUCUUCCAAGCACCUCUAGACAAGGACUAGACGUGAGAAUUGGGGGACAAGAGGUCUACUAUCAUUACAAUCAGAACAAGCCCAGGUUCACGGGAACUCCGCAAGUCUACAUGAAACCGGAGAAUGAAACUGAGUUCCAGAGACGGAAUUCAGCCAGGUGUAUGGAGAAAGCUGUCUCGCAGCCUCAGCUUUGCUACGAGGAUGACAGAAAUUCAGACAGAAGAACCGAGAAGAGUGAGGAGGGCAAGAAUAUUGGGAAUGAUGUGCUGUUGAGUGAAAAAUAUGAAAUCACAGUUGAGGACAGGAGCCAGGAGUUCAACAGAAAUGACAGCCAACGGCAGAACGAAGACUUCAGACCGGAAACGAGUUUCUGUAAUCGUAAAGACAACAUACGCAGCUCGAAGAAGGACAACGACGUCAGUCAGGGAGAGGAUGUGACUAAGGAGUCCGGUGUGCUGAAGAAAAUGGCUGAUAUUCAGAAGAGGGGGGAUAGCAAGGAUCCAAGUGAGAUUGAUGGUACGAAAGGGGGGCCCAAGAAUGGGGGACAGGUGAAUGAGGCUGCCAGGCGGAUUGAGGAGAGCACGAGAAAACUUGAGGUGAACUAUCAGGGAAAGGAGGGAGGGAGGAAAGAGGAAUUGGACCACAGUAUGGCGAGACUUAAAAUUCAGAACCAGGGAUCUGGGUCGGAUUAUGACAAAGCUGGACAGAGCUCGAGUAAUGUUGACUCGGGACGGGGAUCUGCGGUUUAUUCCAGUGGACGAAGGCCACCCCCGGAGGAUCAGAAUCAUCCACAAGGUCAAGACUCUGAGUGGGUUGACAUUGUGGAAUCCGAGCUGCGUAGUAUCCUAGAGCCAAGAGACGUACCCGCAAUGGCCCACUCCACCCUGUCAGAGAGUGUUUCCUCUGUAACACCUCCUCUGCCACCACUCUCGCCUCAUGGGAGUCCACGCACACCAAGGAAUCGAUACUCCACGAGUUUACCUUACGGUAGUAAACCGAAUUACGGUGAUUACGGGAAGGGACAGGACAAGAGAAAUUUCCAAGGAAGCACUAAACAUCGGGGUGUGUCCACUUCCAAGAAGGACGCGGCCAAAAAAUUCACGCACUUAUUUGGUGUUGAAGCAGCGGACGUGACAUCGACAACAACUGGUCUAGAUCUGGAUUCAAUGUUGGACAGAAGUGAUUCAGACUUGAGCACAAAUGACGCAAGAACUAUCCGAAAACAAUUGGAGGGGCUCGAGAAUAUGUACAGCGAGGUUUUAAAGUUAUUAGGGGGCAGCGUGAAGAAGAGGAGAAAAACGAGGGGAUUAACGAGUUAUGGAUCAGUGUCGUCCCUUCCAACAUCCUCAGUGUCCUCGAGACCAGUUGCAAGGCAUCACGACAAAAGGAGAGGCCAUGUAAUUGAUGAUCGAAUGAAGAAAGCUAAGGAUGUUAAGAGCAUAAACAAACGCUUCCAGCGGUUGGAAUCACAUGUAGUCACCCUGGCCCGAUCAGUUGCGCAUCUCUCUUCAGAGAUGAGAACCCAGCAUCUGAUGAUCCAGGAGAUGGAGAACAUUAGGGGGGAAAUAGCAGCAUUGAGGACACAGACCAGUAUGGCAAUGGUCAGGUCACAGUCCCAACCACUGCUCAAGGAUUCUGAAUUGCCUGCACUGUCCAAUCCCUCGAGGGUAAAGAAACUCACUAAAUUCUUCGGGACCGAGCCACCACUCAUUAGAUUGUUCCUGAGGGAGCUGGGAUACGAGAAAUACGCAUCGUCAUUUGAGAAGGAAAAAGUGGGAAUGGUGGAGCUGCCUUAUUUGAGCGAGGAGAGGCUCCAGAAAAUGGGAAUACCCCUGGGGCCGAGAUUGAGAAUUCUCCAGGAAGCGAGAAUAUCAGUCUGUAAAGAUCCAAUUUACGUCGUCUGAACGUACGACGCUAUAUUCUCAUUAAUUAAUAGAAUAGGGGACUGAAAAAAAUUGUAACAUCGAAUUCGUUGUUGAGGGAAAUAAGUUGGAAAAUUCGUCUGUGAAAGCUGGGGAGAAUGAUGAGGUGGUGGGUGAUGUGUUCGAGGAGAAGUGAAAAUUCAAUAUUUCCGGUCGUAAAAACAUUUACGAUCAAUCUCGAUCGAAAAUUACCGUCUUCCGCUACUGAAAUUCACGAAAUUGGCGAAAGCAUAAAACGGACACUUUCUCAUUUCACUUCACUGCGCUGUAAUUCAAGGAAUUCUCAGUAUUAAUUGAGGUGUAUAAUUUACCGAGAGCUUUAUUACGAGGAUACAAUAGAGGAUAACGUUGGAUGAAUAAAUUCAGGAUUAAUUUUUGAUGAUUACGUGACGUGCAGUUGUUUGCGAUUUUUUUUGGAAAAUAUUUCAGGGGAAGAGAAACAUUUCGUUGGGAUUUUUUUUUCGCAAAGUGAACUCCUUCCCCUUGAAAAGGUUCCUCUUCCCAUUGAAUUCGUAGAGUGACCAAAAAUGAACGUUAAUCAUCAUGAUUAAUCAUUAAUUUCUAAUGAUACUGUUCGGUAGGCGAACGACAAAGUAAUUACCCUAAUUUCAUUGUCGACAAACAAGUCGAAGCCCGACUCAUAAUUACGUUUCAAAUAUGACUUAUUCUCAUUAUCAAUUAUUCACGAAAUGGACAUGAAUUGUAGAGAGUAUCAUUGACCCAAGGGGACUGGGUCCUCUCUUCAUUGUCAACAGCUUAGGGACACGUGACGUUGUCUGAUGACUCCAGAGGGCAAACGACGCAGACAGAAGGGGAAUUAUCGAGCAUUGGGUCAAGUUUGCCAAAGAGUUACCGAAUCAUUUUUUAUUUCUUUCCCUUCUCUUUUAUCAGUUAUUCGCAAUACGUUAUCUAAAUGGGUUAACGAAAAUUUCGGGGGCGUUUAGGUACCAAAGAAAUGACGAUUGGUAUUCCGAGUGCCAACAAAGUGCUUCCGAAUUUUUAUUCGAUGAUUGUUAUUCAAUAUGUGUCGAUGUAAUUGAUAAAUGAAAUUAUCUGACACUUGGAAAUAAUUAUUGUGUACAGUUGUUUCAAUUAGACGUAAUAUUCAGGAGUUAUUUGUAGAUUAGGACCAUUAUUUUAUUAUCAUUAUCAUCGAGUACCCACAAUCACUAAUGUUAAUUGUUAAUUGUAUUUAAUAAACAUUAUUUUUCGGUUUUUGAGCAGUUUUUGUGAUUUUAAUUGCUUCAUCAAUUUUUGGAAGGAACCAGAGUUGAGAGUGUUAAUCGCAUCAUAAAGAUGUGGACCAGUUUCAAGAGGAAAUGUACAAUUUAACAAUUGUAGUCAAUUAUUUUUCUAGUCAGUUCUCUGAUUGGCGAUACGAGACUGACUCGAAUGGGUUUUCUCUUCAGGGCAAUCAACUGUCCCUCAUCAUUCAUUCACUUUUGAUCGGCUAAUUUGUCCUCGUGCCUCGGUGAGUGAUAUCUUC